AUGAGCUGUGACCAGACAUAUCCGCUCCCACAGGUGUUUCUUGUAAAUGAAGGUGGAGGUCCACACCACUCCACCCAACCUCCGAAUCUGAUUCCCUGCUGGUCGUUCCCACCGGCAGCUGAGAUGAUAAAGAGUCGUGGGAAGGCUCGGGGCUUCAUGGGAAUCAAACCGAGCCUGGCCAUGAUGGUGCUGAUGCUGUUCCUGCUGGUGUUUGCAGCUCUGGGCUUUGAAGCCUGGCAGAUUUUUCAGAUACAGAAAAAAAUGAAAGGAACACCUGCAGAAAAGGUUGAACUCAAACCUAUGAUUGAGGGUGGUGCUCCUUUGAAGCAAAUAGGUCUCUAUGAACCCGUGCCAAAUGUAGAAGACAAAUCCAGACCAGCAGCACAUGUGAUUGGUCGCAUCGAAAGGGAAAACAAAUAUGGAAAGACCUUACGAUGGGAGCCAAAGACAGGUCAGGCGUUCACCUCUGGUGGAGUGACGUACAGAGCUGAAGACGGUGCUCUGCAGGUCAACGAGACUGGACUCUAUCACAUUUACUCCCGAGUAGAAUUGAUUUUUAAGGAGUGCUUCUCGUUUUCCUCCUUUGAGCACUCUGUGUUUGUGAGACGAGUGGGACACUCCUCACCUUUGACUCUGAUGGAGGCCCACAGGGUGGGGUUCUGCCCUCAGAAUACAGGUCAGUCCUGGACCACGGAAAGUUACCUGGGCGCUGUCCAGCUGCUGAAGAAAUAUGACAAAGUUUUUGUGAAUGUAUCGCAUCGCAGCUAUCUUAGUCAUACACAUUAUGCCAACUUUUUUGGCCUUUACAAGAUCUGA